CGUGUAUGGUUCGUGGAGGCCUCGGCGGAUUGCACCCUGGAAGACGUCAACCGUCUCCAGCGCCCUCUCUCAAUACCUGCAGCAGAGCUUCUUCCCCAAGCUCCCACCAAAGCGUACUCGGAAGGAUUGAUUCUUUUGGUGCAGGUUACACAGUUCAGGUGUGGCGGAUUUGCAGUCGGCAUCAGAUUCAACCAUGCAAUUUUCGAUGGCGUCGGAGCUGUGCAGUUCUUUAAAGCAAUCGGCGAGAUGGCCAGAGGUCUGCCGCAGCCGACCGCGAAGCCGGUAUGGUGCAGGGAAGCCAUCCCAAGCCCACCCAAGGCCUCUCCGGACGACCAUGAUCUACCAUUCUUCACCCCUCCUCGAUUCGUCAAAACGGUGUCCGACGUCUCCUUAGACAGCAUUAAUCUGAUCAAAAACGAGUACGUGAAAGAGACGGGUCGAAAGUGUUCGACCUUCGACGCCGUGGCUGCCGCGCUCUGGCAAUCCCGAACACGAGCGAUCGGUGUUGAGCUCCAUGCCGAUGUUAGCGUUGGGUUGGUCGCCGACGUCCGACACUUGAUGGGCGACGUGCUGCCCGCCGACGUCCGACACUUGAUGGGCAAUUGUGUGUACCCUACGGGAUUGACGGCUUCCGGGGACAUGAUCGUGCAUGCUUCGCUGGUUGAGGUCGUCGACCUUAUCAAAGAAGACAAGAAGUUGCUGCCUGAAAAGAUGGCAGACUGGUUCAAGGGGUAUCCACGGGAAGAGCCGUCGAAGCCGCGUAUGGACACUACGGAGCGCUGUGCUUGACGGACUGGAGUCGUGUGGGGUUCGCCGAAGUGGAUUAUGGCUGGGGAGAUCCAAUCCACGUGGUUCCUUUGAUCGGGGAGGGACACCCGAUCGCGUCGGCCAUUUUCCUCGAGCCGCCGGUGCCCAACCAGGGUUUGAGGGUAAUGACCAGUUGUGUCAUCGAGGAGCAUCGAGCAGCCUUCAACGAUGAGAUGAUGAAGUUUCUGUAGUGCUUGCUUUUACGUCUUGUGUGAAAUCAAUUGUCGUGUGUGUUGUUAAGCUUGACUCCUUUUUUAAGCUUCUGAUAUAAAUCUCUUUCGGCA